UGCAAUGCGCCAGCGUUGCAACGGUGUUGUGGUUGCGUGUUGCUGUCAAUGCUGGCAGUUAAAUGUUUUUUUUUUUAAUAUCGCAUUUUAUUGAUAGCAUAGAUUUAUCCAUUGCUGACAUUGUAAUGUCACAAAGUCACAUACGAGUGAUACAAUAACUUGUAACUAAAUCGCCUCGUUAUUGAGAGAGGGGUGUGUGCACGAGACAUGAGUGUCCAUAUAGCCCAGCUAGUAGGAUGACUUUUCAUCAGACUUCUAUUGCUGGGAGUGGAACCGACGACUAUUCUGUUCAGCAGGAAAACGAACUGGAAGCGCUUGCAUCCAUUUUUGGAGAUGAUUUUCAGGAUUUACGGAAUAAGCAUCCGUGGAAGAUCCAAAGGCCACCUGAGGUAUACCUUUGUCUGCGACCUAAUGGACUAAGCAAUGGAAAGGAAAGUUAUGUGACGGUGGACCUGCAAGUCAAGUGCCCACCAACAUACCCUGAUGUGCCUCCAGAGCUUGAGCUGAAGAAUGCCAAAGGUCUCUCCAAUGACAACCUCCAGAGUCUCCAUACAGAGCUUACAAAACUGGCAGCGGAACGAUGUGGUGAGGUGAUGAUCUAUGAGCUGGCGGACCAUGUCCUCGGGUUCCUGAGUGAACACAACAAGCCUCCAUCCAGCUCCUUCCAUGAGGAGAUGCUGAAAAACCAGCGGCUCCAGAAGGAGAGGCAAGCAAGGGAGGAACAGCAGAGACUGGACCAACGCCGCAAGCAGGAGGAGCAGACGCAAUUUGAGAUCCUGGCUGAAAUCCAAAGAAGAGAGGAAGAGAAAAGAGAGAAGAGGAGGAAAGAAAUGGCCAAACAGGAGCGCUUUGAGAGUAUGGACCAGCCUUCUUCUAUCGACAGUUCUGUGUUGGGAAGCUCCUCUUAUUCCCCUGGGCCUCCACCUGAGCUCACAGAGCCUAAACGAGGAGCUGCCCACCAGAGACGGACCAACUCAAACACCCGGCACAGAAGGGACACAUACAACGAAGAUAGCCCACGCUCACAAGAAGUGCUUCACUUCAGCAACAGUACCUUGGGGGACUUCAUAGUGCACAGAGGGAAGUGCCUUGGGGAGAAUUCCAGGCUUGGCCGUAAUGUUUACAGUGCGUUUGAUGCGACCAACGGCGAGUUUGCCGUACUAUACGAGUGGAUCCUACGCUUGAACAAGAAGAUUGGCAAGUUCUUCACUAGUGAGGAGCGGGGGAAGAUUGACAGUUGUAAAAAGCAGAUCCAUGGAGCAGAGAGUGAGCUGAACUCCCUGAUGAAACUGGAGCACCCUAAUCUGGUACACUACCAGGCCCUGUGCUCCAGUGAGAGGGAGGACUGCCUGGUGGUGGACCUGCUUGUGGAGUAUGUGGCGGGUAGCAGCAGCCUGAGUCAGAGCCUCGCCAGCCAGACCCCCAUGUCUCUGGACUGCCUCCGCCAGUAUGCUGUCCAGCUCCUGGCUGCCCUCGACUAUCUCCACUCCAACUCCGUGGUCCAUAAAAAUCUGUGUGCCUCUAGUGUGCUGCUGGACCAUCAGGGCAAUGUGCGUCUCACCGAUUACAGCCUCGCCAAGAGAUUGGCCGACAUCUGCAAGGAAGACAUAUUUGAGCAGGCACACGUGCGCUUCUGUGAGGAUGCGCUGCCCAGCAAGUCUGGGAAGAAAGGGGACGUGUGGAGCCUGGGGCUAAUGCUGCUGGGACUGAGCCAAGGAAAAAAGGUCAGGGAGUACCCGGUGUCGGUGCCCACCAGCCUGCCCGCUGACUUCCAGGACUUUCUCAACAGGUGUGUCUGCCUAAAUGAUUCUGACCGCUGGAACACCCAGCAGCUUCUGGACCACCCCUUCCUCAACACUCCAUCUCCAAAAACCUCUCCACAGUUCCAGGACGUCAGUCCAGAAGAUAUUGGCGAUGACUUUGCAUCGUCAGUCAUCCCUCACAGCCACAUCCUCAAUGCGCCGUUCAGCAUAGGGCUGCAAAGGCAAUUUUCACGCUACUUCAACGAGUUUGAGGAGCUGCAGCUGCUGGGGAAAGGGGCUUUUGGUGCCGUUAUCAAGGUCCAGAACAAGCUGGAUGGCUGUUACUAUGCUGUCAAGCGUAUCCAGGUGAACCCUGCCAGUAAGCAGUUCCGCAGGAUUAAAGGUGAGGUGACGCUGCUGUCGCGUCUCAACCAUGAGAACAUUGUCCGCUACUACAAUGCCUGGAUUGAAAGGCAUGAGACCCCAUCCAUGGGAGUACUGAGCUCAGAAAGUUCUGAGCCCCAGAGCGUGGCAGAGAAAUUGCCUCAGGUCCGAGCACCCUCUCUGGGCCUCAAUGAGCUGGGCAUCAGCAUGCUUGACCACGUGGAGGACAACGCACCUCCCCCUGCCCUGGCCAGCUCGGUGGAGUGGAGCACCUCCAUUGAGAGAUCCUCUAGUGCCAAGUGCAGUGUUCACGAGUCCAGUGAUGAUGAUGAUGAAGAAGAUGUUUUCUGUGCCUCGUUCCUCCCAUCAAACAGUGACUCGGAGAGUGACAUCAUUUUUGACAAUGGAGAUGGCAGCAUAUCCCAAGAAAAGCCAAGCAAGCGACUGGGGUGUGAUCUGACUGAGAGCACAGAUUCUGAGAGGCCACAGCUUGUAGCACAUUAUUUGUAUAUCCAGAUGGAGUACUGUGAAAAAAGCACUUUACGGGACACUAUUGACCAUGGCUUGCACCAGGACAGCAGUCGCCUCUGGAGGCUCUUCAGGGAGAUACUGGAUGGCCUGGCUUACAUCCACCAACAGGGGAUGAUUCACCGGGACCUCAAACCCGUCAACAUUUUCUUGGACUCUCAGGACCAUGUGAAAAUUGGAGACUUUGGCCUGGCCACAGACCAUCCUGCGAAUGUGGCUGCAGCAGGUAAACUGGAUAUUGAGGAGAGUGGUUCGGUUCUGAUAAUGAAACCAGACCCAACAGGGAACAUGACUGGCAUGGUUGGCACUGCCCUCUAUGUCUCUCCAGAAGUGCAAGGAAAUACCAAAGCCACUUACAACCAAAAAGUCGAUCUGUUUAGCUUGGGCAUCAUCCUGUUUGAGAUGUCCUACCGGCCCAUGACCACUGCCUCUGAGCGCAUCUCGGUUCUGAGCCAGCUACGCAUGGAGGACAUUCACUUCCCUGAAGACUUUCCAGAGUAUGAGAGUGGAACGCAGAGGAAGGUCAUUGGCUGGCUACUGAACCACGACCCGGCCCUUCGUCCCACAGCCCAGGAGCUCCUGAAGAGUGACCUGCUGCCCCCACCCCAAAUGGAGGAGUCGGAGCUCCACGAGGUCCUACAGCACACAAUGGCCAAUGUCAACGGCAAGGCUUACCGCACUAUGGUCAACCAGCUGUUUUCCCAGAAUACCUCCCCUGUCAUGGACUACACCUACGAUGUCGACCUCCACAAGGGCAGUUUUCAUUUCAACAGUGCCAAAUUACAACAGUAUGUGUACGAAACAAUCAGCAGGAUCUUCAAGAAACAUGGAGCUGUGCGCCUCCAGACUCCCAUGCUUCUCCCCAGGAACAGGAAGCUGUAUGAAGGCAGUGAGCCGGCUUGUUUCAUGGAUCACAGUGGCAUGCUGGUGACCCUGCCCUAUGACCUCCGGAUGGCCUUCGCACGAUUUGUGGCCAGAAAUAAUAUUACCCAUUUCAAAAGGUGGAGUAUUGAGCGUGUGUUCCGGCCCAGGAAGCUAGAUAGGGCCCACCCCAGGGAGCUGCUGGAGUGUGCCUUUGAUAUCAUUGUCCCUGUCACGAACAGCCUGCUGCCUGACGCUGAGACCAUCUUCACCAUCUCUGAGAUUAUCCAGGAGUUCAGUGCCCUACAGGAGAGAAACUACCACAUCUACAUCAACCAUACCAGUCUGCUGAAGGCCAUCCUGCUUCACAGUGGUGUCCCAGAGGACAAACUGAGCCAUGCCUCCAGCAUCCUCUGUGAUGCCAUGAGUGAAAAGCUGACAAGGCGUGAGGUGGAGGCUAAGUUCUCUAACCUGUCCCUGUCCACCAACAGUUUGCAGACUCUGUAUAAGUACAUAGAGCAGAAGGGAGAUCUUCAGGACCUGGUUCCACUCAUCACCUCUUUGACCAAACAGAAGACUGCUGUCACCCAGCUGGCCAAGCAGGGACUCAAAGACCUAGAGGAGCUCACUGGUCUACUAAGGAAACUAGGAGUCAAGCUGCAGGUGGUGGUCAACCUGGGUCUGGUGUAUAAAGUACAGCACCAUUGUGGGGUCAUUUUUCAGUUUGUGGCUUUCAUUAAGAAACGCAGACGCACGGUGCCGGACAUCGUGGCGGCAGGAGGGAGAUACGACCACCUGAUCCUUGAGUUCCGUGGCCCAGCAUCCUCUACUCCUGUCCCCUCGGCGGUGGGAGCCAGUGUGGCCCUGGACAAGGUCUGUGCUUCCCUGGCCAACAUGGAGGAGCCGCCCUGUGUCAGUACGUGUGAAGUGCUGGUGGUGCCAGUUGGUCAUACUUCCAUGGGCAGGGCCAUUAACGUUGUCCAGAAGCUGUGGAUGGCAGGGCUUUCAUCUGACAUUGUCUAUGACGUGUCACAGUCCCAGGAGACACUGCUGGAACACUGCCGACAAGCUGGGAUCACCUGCAUGGCCCUGGUCUCAGACAAGGAGGGGAACUAUAUUAAGGUCAAGUCCUUUGAGAAGGAAAGGCAGUCGGAGAAGAGGAUUUCAGAGUCUGACCUUAUAGAUCACAUUAUUCAGAAAUGCCGGACCAAAUUCCUUGAUGAGAGAAAUAUUAGAGAAAUGUCUGAGACUGUCUCUCUUCAGAACCCCAAGGGAUCACUGGUCAAUUCUUCAGGAUCAUCAGAGCAGCACGGGAGCAACAGCUCCAGUAAUAUGAAUGUGAACCUCAUUGCUCCAGAGAAGGUGUCAUCCAGUGCCAGAAGACGAUACGAGACACAGAUACAAACCAGAUUGCAGAAUCUUGGUAGCAAUUUACAGAACAAGAGCAAUGACAUCGAAGUUCUGGCUGUGGACCUGCCAAAGGAAACCCUCAUCAACUUCCUGUCACUGGAGUUUGAUGAAGAGGCACAGUUUAACAUGAGCGUUAAACAUCUGCUGUCACGUCUACCCAAGCAGCGGUACCUCAAGAGCAUCUGUGAGGAGAUCCACCGCUUCAAAAUCCUAAAAAGGGUUGCUGUGGUGGUUUUGUACAGCUACAAAGAUGAUUACUACAAGAUUCUACUGUGAAAUGGAAGUGUUUCGGAACGAAAGCUCCAAGAUGGUUUCAGAACGACAGGCUUCCAGAGACGCUUUUCAGUUUACAAACAGUAUCUGUUUGAAAGUUUAACUGCUUUAUUAUGUGAGUAUCCUUUUCAGAGGGUGGAACCUAUUACAGUGUGAAAUAUAAUGCAGUUAAUAUCAGGUAUGGACCUCAGCCCAUAUGUGCCCCAUACAGGCAAAAAUACAAGCAACGGUUUCAAAUCUUCCUACUGUACCCGCCUUAAUGCUACAAUUCAUAUACAUUCAGAAUACUUUUUUUGAUUGCAGAUGUGUUGCUAUAUUUCCAAAUGAAUAGCCAAUUCCAUAUUUUUUAAAUGACAUGAUGAAUAAUGGCAAUAAAUCACCUAUUUUUCCUCA